GCCUGCGCAGUGCGGCGCCUAGGGGGAACGCGAGAAGGAGACGGACGUUGAGAGAACGAGGAGGAAGGCGAGAAAAUGGCGUCCACGGAUUACAGUACCUAUAGUCAAGCUGCAGCCCAGCAGGGCUACAGUGCUUACACCGCCCAGCCAACUCAAGGAUAUGCACAGACCACCCAGGCAUAUGGGCAACAAAGCUAUGGAACCUAUGGACAGCCUACUGAUGUCAGCUAUACUCAGGCUCAGACCACUGCCACCUACGGGCAGACUGCAUAUGCAACUUCUUACGGACAGCCUCCCACUGUAGAAGGGACCAGUACAGGUUAUAGCACUCCAACUGCCCCGCAGGCGUACAGCCAGCCUGUGCAGGGAUAUGGCACUGGGACUUAUGACAGCACCACUGCUACAGUCACCACAACGCAGGCCUCUUACGCAGCUCAGACUGCAUAUGGCACCCAGCCUGCCUACCCCACCUAUGGCCAGCAGCCAACAGCCACCGCACCUACCAGACCACAGGAUGGUAACAAGCCUGCUGAGACUAGUCAACCUCAAUCUAGCACAGGGGGUUAUAACCAACCCAGCCUAGGAUAUGGACAGAGUAACUACAGCUAUCCCCAGGUACCUGGGAGCUACCCAAUGCAGCCAGUCACCGCACCUCCAUCUUAUCCUCCUACCAGCUACUCCUCUUCACAGCCGACUAGUUACGAUCAGAGCAGUUACUCUCAGCAGAACACCUAUGGGCAGCCGAGCAGCUAUGGACAACAGAGUAGCUAUGGUCAACAAAGCAGCUAUGGGCAGCAGCCUCCUACUAGUUACCCCCCUCAGACUGGAUCCUACAGCCAGGCUCCAAGUCAAUAUAGCCAACAGAGCAGCAGCUACGGGCAGCAGAGUUCAUUCCGACAGGACCACCCCAGUAGCAUGGGUGUUUAUGGGCAGGAGUCUGGAGGAUUUUCCGGACCAGGAGAGAACCGGAGCUUGAGUGGCCCUGAUAACCGGGGCAGGGGAAGAGGGGGAUUUGAUCGUGGAGGCAUGAGCAGAGGUGGGCGGGGAGGAGGACGCGGUGGACUGGGGUAAGAGCAAAACCUUUUCUCCUUUUAUCUAAUUUUGUUUCAUCCAUAGGAUUUUCAAUGGAAAGAAGGGACUGAAAGACAUAAGAAAUUUAUCCCACAUUUCCAUGGACAAUCUAUUGCGGUCAAGCUAUCUCCUAAAACAUGGAAAUGUCAUUUAAGUGGCAGUUUGCUUUUUUCCCUGCCAGUAACCAUUGUUGGGCUGGGGUGAACAAAGAAUGGCUUUGAAACUAGAGCUUUCAGUCCCCUUCAUGGUUUUCAGAGGUGAGAGCCUCUUUGGGUAAUAGAUUUGGGAUGGAACACACACAACCCUUCUAAUAACCCUAGCUUUUAACUAAUGUCCUGAACGGUUGUCUUGAAAUACCUGGUGUAUGUACUGCAGAAAAGGAAUGCAGCUGUUUUCCAAUGUUUGUACCCAGAUUUGUUGAUCAUGAUGAAGACUGACUGACCUCAUGACCCUUAAACCAUGGCCUGAGGCGCCCCGAUGUGUAGUUAAGUUAGAGCUGAGAACAACCGUAAUAGCCUUGUUACAGAGUAAUGUAUAUGAAUAUAGCAUCGCUCGCUAUUGGAGAUUUUAAAAGUCUAAAUUGGUUUGACCAUUGUGAUUGAUGGAACAAUCUGGUUUAGAAAACUGUUUAGAUCAGAACCAUGACCCCGCUGCCUCUGCCUCCCCUUCCCUCCCCUCCACCCCUCUUCCCUUUCUGGUGUCUGUACUUUGAUGAAGGUGAAGUAUGAUGUUGGUGGUUAACAUAAUCAGAUUUAGUCAAUGUGUGUGUUCUGUCCCUAUAUAAACUAGUAAAACAAAGUUAUGCAGAAUGUUGUAGUGAGUAUACAUUUGAUUAACUGUUAAAGAAAAACUAGCAAUUCUUUUUUAUAGAACAAACUUCAACACAGAUUAAGUUGACCUAUUCAUUUAUUAGUAAAUUUCUGUACUACUGAAAGUUAGUAUUUUGUUUAUUCUGCAUAACUUUAAUAAAGUCUCCAGUGAAAUCUUUAUUGGAAAAAAGUGUUUAUAAAAAUACAUGCAAAUUUUUAUGAAUAAUUUUUGACAAUGUAAAAUUGGUCUUCAGAUUUGGAGAAUAUCAUUCCAUUAAUAAAGGUUUCACGUCUUUAUGGAUUUUUAAAAAUAGACAUAGACACUUGAAAUUACUAUCAUCACGUCUCAAAUCACCUAGAAUUCUUAGUAUUUUUCAAUUGCAAAAGCAAUUUGAAGUUUAUUCAUCUUAAUACUCCAGAAGUGAUGAUUCUACCGACUUUGUUAGAUUGCUAUUAGAGGGGCCCUUGUUUGUGGAUGAGAAGUCUCUCCUGGAGCCAUAGAAGAGACCAUGGCCUACCCCAUAGGAUUUUAACAGAACUGUGAAGCAGUCUGUUGGAUCCUGUGAGGACAGGACACUGGGCAGUCCCCUUUCCCUUUUUUUAUUGUGGUGAUGGUUUUCAGUGUCUGCUGCAGGUAAGGCGCUCAAUGUUGUUAACAUGCCCUUUUUCAUUGCCUCAGUGUUUGAUAUUUUUCAUUGGCUGUUAAACGUGGAAACUUUUUAACAUGCUUUGUCGCAUUUAUAUGCUACAGGUUACAAAGUGAGAGCCUUGUAUACACUUCAAUACUUAAAAAGUACCCGUACUCAGUACUCAGCCGGCAGCAUAAUGAAAAGUGGGACUAGACACGGUGUCCAUAUGGAGAGGAAAAAUAUACAUAGAAUAUUUUAAACAAAAUGUAUUCAUUGUAUAAAUGGAAUCCUUCUGUAACUUUGGUAACUGCAUACUUGUUGUUUGGUAAUGAACCAGAGGAGGUAUAAUACUCUAGAAUUGUGUAACAUUAAAGUGUAAACUUUGUGUUUAAAGAGAGAGAGAGCAUUUUAUGGUGUGUACUUUUAACAAGGAGUAAAGCUGCAUGCAACAGCUUGGACUGUGUAUCUAGGUAUUAAAGGUGCAAUACUGGUUAGGAGAGAGCCUCAGGGCUGCCGACUGGGGAGCUGCCUCUAUUCACUACUAGAAAAGACUGCCUUCCCCUCCCUCCCCCUCAAAAAAGGCCACAAUCUAUUCCCUCUCCUCUGUGUAUAGUAUGUAUAUUGCCGUAGUCUUAACUGGUAUGUCUAUAAAGUUGCACCCCCAGUCCGCUGAGCCUUGGUAUUUAUUGUAAAUUCUCCUUUCACAGUAACUAUUAAAUCCAUUAGGGCCCUG